AUGUCUCAUCCGAUUGAUGUCAUGAUAUAUGGCCUCGGAGCUAUCGGCUCCUUCUAUGCGUUCAUUCUCAACAGGUCAGAACGCGUGCGACUCACCGUCGUGGCGCGUUCCAAUUACGAUGCUGUGUGCCAGAAUGUGAGACUUUUCUCUCCUCUCCGCCUAUUCGCAAAUCUCGUCAAAUCGCCAGAUGAGGCAUCAACCAUGGACUACAUCAUCUGCGCAAACAAGGCCAUUGAUCAGCACAGAGUUCCCGCGGUCUUGAAGCCCGCUGUAGAUCCAGAUCGCACCUCGAUUGUGAUUAUCCAAAAUGGCGUUGGAAAUGAGGAAGUUUUUCGCGAACAGUAUCCUCGAAAUCUGAUCAUCACAUGCGUCCUCAAGGACCGCAUGGAUCGCUGGCAGGUCGAUGAAAAGACUGACUAUCUUCUCAUUUGCCAGACAUGGGUUGGCGCCACUCAGACUCGACCGGGCGUCGUGAACCACACCAAAUCCGAGAAUCUGCAAAUCGGAACUUUCCCAAACCCACAUCUGGAUCAAACAAUUGCGACUAAACGCCUGAACGAGUUCGCCGCCCUUCUUGAACAUGGUAAAACACGCUUUCAAAUUUGCGACGAUAUACAACAAAAGCGGUGGGAAAAAGUCGUCUGGAACGCAGCGUGGAACUCACUCACUACGCUGACGAUGGUCGAUACGCAAACGUGGCUGCAUUCGUCGCCCGACGCAGAGCCAUUUACCCGGAAACUCAUGUUUGAAGUGAUUACAAUUGCGCGAGCUUGUGGUGUCCCUCUCGGGGACGACUUGAUCGAUCAACAAAUGGCCAAGAUCAAGGCCAUGCCCGGAAUUGGGAGCAGUAUGCAGGUCGAUCGUAAGAAUGGACGACCAAUGGAGAUCGAUGCCAUCCUGGGAUUUCCGCUUCAAAAGGCCAAGGAACAUGGUAUUUUAGCACCGUAUCUGGAGAGUUUGUGUGUACUUCUACGGGCUAUAGACCAGAAGCUGCGGGCCGCACUAUAG